UCAGCUGAGGCGAGCUGGACUCUGCUCUCUGCAGAGCUAUCAGAGCUAUCAGAAGAGCCUGCUGCCUGGCUGCAAGUUGCUCCUUCAGUCCUGGUGGCACACUAUCUGGAAAAUCUGAGAAUGCAUUGACUACGUUUUACGUUGUUAUAAGGUUACAAGACAUGAAAUAAAGCCUUGGAAAUGGCUCUACAAAAGAUAGACCUGAUCUUGGAAGGCUAGAACCUCUGCGCAGAGCAGCUGGAAUUAGUUAAAUACUGGAACCGCUGCUGAUUUGGUUGCAUCCUCCAACAUGACCAAUCCUCAGCCUACAAUAGAAGGUGGUGUUUCAGAAGUUGAGAUAAUUUCACAACAAGUGGAAGAAGAGACCAAAAGCAUUGCUCCUGUACAGCUUGUUAAUUUUGCUUAUCGAGAUCUACCUUUAGCUGCACUUGAUCUGUCUGUGGCUGGGUCCCAGCUGUUGUCAAAUUUGGAUGAGGAGUACCAAAGAGAAGGAUCUAACUGGCUAAAACCAUGCUGUGGGAGACGAGCAGCUGUGUGGCAGGUAUUUUUGCUCAGUGCAAGUCUCAACAGUUUCCUGGUAGCCUGUGUAGUAUUGGUGGUGAUUCUUCUGACUCUGGAACUCCUAAUAGAUAUAAAGCUUCUCCAGUUUUCAAGUGCUUCACAGUUUGCAGGAAUAAUUCACUGGAUCAGCCUAGUCAUCCUGUCUGUUUUCUUUUCAGAGACUAUUUUGAGGAUUGUGGUCCUUGGCAUAUGGGAUUACAUUGAAAACAAAAUAGAGGUGUUUGAUGGUGCUGUCAUAAUCUUGUCCUUGGCACCAAUGGUGGCCUCAACAGUGGCUAAUGGCCCCAGCAGCCCAUGGGAUGCUAUCAGCCUUAUUAUCACACUACGAGUCUGGAGAGUGAAGAGGAUCAUUGAUGCCUACGUCCUUCCAGUGAAAGUGGAGAUGGAGAUGAUGAUUCAGCAGUAUGAGAAGGCAAAGGUUAUUCAAGAUGAGCAGCUGGAAAGACUAACCCAGAUCUGCCAAGAACAAGGGUUUGAAAUCAGGCAGCUGAGGGCCCACCUUGCUCAGCAGGAUUUGGACCUGGCUGCAGAGAGAGAGGCUGCGCUGCAGGUCCCACAUGUGCUGAACAAACAGAGCAGCAACAGGUACAAGGUGGUAGCAACUGAAGAUUCGGAUGAUGAAGCCACCGAGAACAUCACCGAGUUGCAGUCUCCACGAGGUGAGUGCUGCCUGUAGGAUGACAUGAAUAAUUACAUCAGUCGAUACUACAAUGAACCUAGCAGUGACAGCGGCGUCCCCGAGGCAGCCAUCUGCGUGGUCACCACCGCCGCCAUCGACGUCCAUCGCCCCAACAUCUCUUCCGACCUCUUCACCGUGGAGGUGCCGAUGCGCCUGGGCAGCACCGGGACGUCCGCCAGCAUCACGUCGGGCAGCGCCUCGCGGUCGACCGUCAGCUCAGGCACCCAGGCCUGUAGCGAGAGCAGCCAGACGCUGGGCUCCUCCCCGGACUGCAGCACGGCCUGCGAGGAUGCUGCGGAGGCGGGUGCCAGCCCGCGGGCUGACCGUGCGCCCACCCGGCAACGGGUGGCCCACGCCAUGGUGCAGGAGCUGCUGUCGUCCCUGUCAGAAGAGGCCUGCCUGGCGCAGAAGGGGCUGGAUCCCGUCAACCUGAAGCUGCCCAGCCCAGCGGGCUCCGUGGGGGCCAGCCCUGACCUGGGCCACCGGCUCGGCGUCUACAACCGCAGGAACCAAGACAGCCUCGAUGUCUUCCAGCUCAAGCCACUCAUGGACUGCCCACAGGCUGCCCCGAUGACUGAUGAGAAGUAUGGGGCACUGGGGCCCCCGGAGCCACGGCUGGGCAGGGUUCCUGAGGCAUAGGACAGGCUGGGGGAACAGGGACAGCUGUCGGGACACACUCAGUGCGCUGGGUCAUGAGGCUGCCACAGAUGCGGUGGCAGUGCUGGAGGCAACCUGUGGCAUCUCCUGCAAUGGCCACCAGCCUGGGGCCGAGCCAGCAUCGCCUCUGCCCUCCACUGCCCGUGGCACAUGACGGACCUGCCCUGCCACCAGCUCUGGGCUAGCUGGGACCUACGGCGUCCUCUGGGGCGGAAGGGACCUUCCACGAGUCUUAGGCCAACAUGGACCCACCAUUCCUGAGGGGACAGACUAAGGACCUGUCCUGCCAGCAGCCCAGGGCCAGCCCGACAGUGGCCGGGAGCACCAUGGACCUUCCACCAGUCCAGGGCCAGCACACACCCACGGUGCCUGGGAGCAGGACACAGCUGCUGGACAGCUUGGGCCCAGCCUGGCCCCCAGGCCCGACCCUACUGAGGAGCUGAGCGCAGCUGGGAAGGGAGUGGGGAUGGGAAUAAACACUGACAAACACAUGCUGCCUCCUGCCUUGUAUCCCCCUUUCAUUCC